ACUUCAGGGAGAUCCGAGAGAGAGAGAGAGAGAGGGACCACUAAAGCCGGCAGAUGAGAAGAGGUCAGUCAAAGACAGUUUACUGAAAAAACUUACAAGCAUAAAUUAAAACGCAAUUUUACAAUUUUGGUGAGCUGCGAAGUCAAACAUGGAGCAAACGUUUGCCGACUUUUCUGGUUCUUGGAAAAUGAAAAGUUCAGAAAACUUUGAGGAGCUGCUGAAAGCGCUUGGUGUAAAUGUCUUUUUGAGGAAAAUCGCAGUUGCAGCCGCUUCCAAACCAGCUGUUGAGAUUACACAGCAGGGAGAAAGCCUCUCGAUUCAGACCUCUACCAGUGUGCGAACCACUCAUAUCUCCUUCACGGUGGGCCAGUCCUUCAAUGAGACAACAGUGGAUGGACGCCCAUGCACAAGUUUUCCAAAAUGGGAGACCGACAAUAAAAUCACUUGUGAGCAGACACUGCAAAAGGGGGAGGGGCCUGAAACAUCAUGGAUACGUGAGCUGACCAAUGACGGCCAGAUGAUACUAACUAUGAGAGCCGGAGAUGUUGUCUGCACACGUGUGUAUGAGCGCGACUAAAUGAACUACACUACACAGUUCAUUCCACAGAAAUUUACACAGUGUAUUAAUGCUGGUUUACUAUCAUACAAAUAGCUUGUUCAUUCCAGUUUUGAAAGUUGCUUUUUUUGCAUGUUUUAUUGGGUCUGUGUGUGACAAAAAAGAGAAGAGAGCUUGAACCAUGAAAGUAUACUCUGUCUUUUUUAUACCAACGAAUCUCUUAGAAAACUGUAAGCUGUAUUUAUUGUUAUUGUCUGUGCAUUAUCUUGCAGUUUCAUGUAUAUACCACAAUAUGGCUUUUCAAUAAAAAAUAUCAUAAAUAAA